AUGAGCCUGCUACAUACUAUAAAACCUACAGACGAUGAUUUAACUGCAAUAAAAUAUAUAGGCGAUUGGGAAUUCAUUCCUGAAUCCGUUUUAAUUCAUAUUUUUCAAUACCUAUCACCCAAAGAAUUAAUAAAUGCAGGUUUGACUUGCAAAUCUUGGAAUAGAGUUAGCUAUGAUGAUUAUUUAUGGAAAAAUCAUUUUUGUAUUAAUUUUAAAGUAGAUCAUAAUAUAAAAAUUUUAUCAAGGAAAUAUUCAUGGUAUGAAGAGUAUAAAAGAUUAAUUUAUCACUUGCCUGUAGUUCAAACUGAAAUUUUAAAAAAUCAUACUCAUCAAGUGCUUCAUGUUAGUUUUGCUCAUAAUGGUCAAUUAUUUGCUACUUGCUCAAAAGAUGGCUUUAUAUUAGUUUGGAAUUCAAAAUAUCCAGCUGAUAUUAAAUACAAUCAAGACAUGAAGAUUUUAGGUUGGAAAUUUACUCAAUUUUCUCAAUUUAAUCAAUCUGAUGAACUUUUAUUGGUAUCUGGUGUAUGUUUAGAAACUCCACUGUGCACUUCUGGAGAAAUAGCUGUUUUUAGUCUUGAAGGCAAAAUUGUCAAUAAACCAUAUGACGUUUUUGGAACGUGGUACAGUGAAAAUUAUUUAUUAUCUGGAAAUAUUUUUUGUUUGGGAAAUUUAAUAACCUGCUCAAUUUUAAAAUUAAAUAAAGCAUCACAAGAAACUUCUUCCGAAUAUAUACCAAUUAUAAGUCAUCUAUUUAAAUUUUAUAAUAAAAAUGCGAGUUCGAUUCGUGGUAUUUUGGUAGCCAAUUGUUUUAAACGAGAUGAUGAUAAAAAUAAUUUAGAAAAUUCAGAAAUAUCUCACAUUUUAAUGGAUUUUAAAGAUGGAUCUCCAGUUUAUCAAAAUGAUGAUAAUCACGACGUUCAUUUAGAAAAAAUAAAAGAAUCAGAUAAAUCAUUACAAAUAAACACUUCAACUGAAGAAUUUCAUGAAAACAUUGAUUAUUCACAAAAAGAUGGAAAUACCAUUUAUGAUAAUGAAACAGAUGAAAAAAUUGAAAUAACCAAAAGAAAUAAAUCACAAGACUCCAAUUGUACAGAUAAUGUCAUAGAAGAAAAUGAAACUUAUCAAUUACCUACCAUCAAUAAUGAUGAUGAUGAUGAUGAAUGUUCAGAAGAAAAUGAUGAGCCUAAUUUUGAAAAAUUAUUAAUUUUUACAACUGGAUCUGAAACUUUUGCUCCUCAUCAAAUCGGUUUUAAAAAAAUCAAACCAAUAAUUUUUCCAAAAGAAAUGGAACCCGGUCCUACUCUGGCUCAAAGAAUUGCAGAAAAAGAAAAAAAGAAAACAGAAUCAUCUUCGACCCCCGAACCUGAAAUUAACUGGCAGGAUUUUGACUCAAUUGAAGAGAAAUUUGACAAAGCAGAUCAUCUCAUAGAUUUACAUGGUCAUAUAAUAGGAAUGGCUCUUUCUCCAGAUCAUAGAUAUUUAUACGUGAAUAAUAGGCCUUGGCCUCAAGGAUGCGUUAUUAGAAAUCCGUUAAAUCCUCCACCCAUUGCUCAAGAAAUUGAUAUUCACAUAAUUGAUUUAAUAACAAUGAAAGAAGUUGGAACAAUGUUAAGAGCCCAUAAAGCCUAUACACCAAAUAAUGCAUGUUUUUUUAUUUUUUUAAACGUUUGCAACGAAUAUGUGGCAAGUGGGGCCGAAGACAAACACGGUUACAUAUGGGAUCGAUAUUAUGGAAUUUGUUUGGCAAAAUAUCCACAUGAUGAUGUUGUCAAUUCUGUUGCUUUUAAUCCUUGUGAUUCUGAAAUGUUGGUCACGGCAUCUGAUGAUUUUACUAUUAAAAUUUGGAGAUCUAAACACAAAGUUAAACACGAUCUUAAAAUUGAAAAUAUUUCUAAUUUACCGAAAGCUUCUGAAAUUAAAAAAAAUAGUAUUUGA